AUGAACGUCUCGCCGAUAUUCUCUAUUUUACUUUUACUUAUUCUCAAGGAGAAAUGUAGUGCGAGAAGUGGUGGUAGAGGUGGUGGAGGAGCGAGAGGGAGAUCGUCGUAUCAUAGUUCCGGUGGUGGGAAGUUUCAUUCCAGCUCCAGCCACUCUUCAUAUAUACAUCAUGACUCUUCAGCAUUCCGAUCUACUGUAUUCAAGCCAUCCACUUCUAACUCUUACUUUUCUAGUUCCUCAGGAACCCAUGGAAACACCUAUAUUAUUAGUCAACCUGCCACACCAAUAAUAUACGACAAUCACUACUAUUACUGGCAUGGGUAUUAUCAUAGCCAUCCUUCACAUAAGCUGGUGUGCCAAUACACAAUCAGUCAGGAAGACGGGGAGCUCUUCAAUGUGACGUUCUCCAAUGGAACCUCUCCCAAAUCUAUAACUUUCGGAUGUGGAAGUUUUGAGACGUGCUGUGGGAUGACGUGUUGUAGUACGCUAGGCACAUGGAUUGCAGUCUCAAGGAGCCGCUCUUCAAUCGUGAGUCAUGGCUCCUCGUCAUUCCGUUCGAAUGUGUUCAAACCAUCCACGUCAAACACCUAUUUUACCAGUGGAGGUUCUACUGGGAACACUUUUAUUAUUAGUCAGCCAGCGACUCCGGUAAUACACGACAAUCAUCACUACUACUGGCACGGCUAUUACCGAAGCCGUCCGGAGAAAGAAACCUACUGUGAAUACGCAAUUGGUGAGGACGAUGGAGAACUUGUGAAUGUCACUUUUGCGAAUGGAACAUCUCCGAAACUGAUUAGUUUUGGAUGCGGAUAUUAUGAGAGGUGUUGCGGGAUGACGUGUUGUAGUUCGACAGGCAAUUGGGUUGGAUUAUCUCGAAGCGCUUUUUUCCAUUCAUUGGCAUUUCGUUCAAUUGUUUUUGAUCCAUCGAAUUUUUAUAUGACUUAUAAAGGGUCAAAUGAGAAAAGUUAUACUAUUCGGCAACCGGAAACUCCGAUAAUAUACGACAGCCGUCCUUAUUACUGGCGCGGCUACUACCAAAGCAUUAUAGGACAAAACAACUAUUGUGAGUACGCUUUUGGUGAGGACGAUAGAGAACUUAGAAAUGUCACUUUUGCCAAUGGAACAGCUCCGAAAUCUGUCAGUUUUGGAUGUGAAAUGUUUGAGGAGUGUUGUGGAAUGUCGUGUUGUAAUGUUUUCAGUGGUUGGAAGACUACCUUGUUCCUGUGGAUACUACUGUUCGUAGCGUUGAUUACCUGCUGUAUGAAGACAAGGGAGGAGCAAGAAGAUUUGAUCGGAUAUAUGAUACUCAGUUUAUAA